GCUUUUUCCUCCCUCAUUCAUCAGGAACACAAUUCCGAGAAAGUAUUGUAAUUUUCAAGUGCACUACAGAUCAUCCUCCUUUUUGAUUGUGUUGUAAAAGUGUUGAAGUGAUAGAUAGCCCCAGGGGUGUGUGUGUGUGUGUGUGUGUGUGUGUGUGUGUGUGUGUGUGUGUGUGUGUGUGUGUGCGUGCGCGCGCGUGUGUUUUUGUGUGUCUGUGAGUGACUGCAGUGAAGUGACGCCCUGCCUGCAUCCAGAUGUUUCAUGUUUCCCUCUCGCGCUCGUUGGAGAGGUCUGCUGCUCGCAGGGGGAAAUGGAAGCCUUGUCCAAGGUCCAUGUCAACUUAAAGGGUUAAAAUGACGAUGAGCAGCAUGCUUUUUGAGUAAAAACUUUGGAUUUUAGUCCCAAGCUUCCGAUUUUAUGUGUCUGGAGAAUGGAGAGCCGCAAACACAGGACGCUCGUGCUGCUGGAGAUACUUUGGGUGCUCGCGCUGUCUGUACAGGGUCAAGCUAGUCCAAACCAGGAAAAUGUGAUUGACCUACUUCUGACACUGAACAUGACACACCACAUAAACGGAGUCUCCAGGCUGCAGAGUCCUGGAGGUGUGGUGUACAGGAUACGUCCCAGAGCCCCUCACCUGACUCUUCCACGUGAAUACACUCAUAUAUUGCACUCAAGCAUUCAGAGAAGCAUGGGGGUGCAUUUGGUGGUGCAUCAGGCAUCAGGCUCCAGUGCUACUCUUUUUUCUCUUUCCACUGCGUCUUCACCCAUUCUCCAAAUCCUCUCAUCCACCCAAAAUAAGUCUCUGCAUCUGGAUUACCAGGCGGGAGAAGGUGCCAAAGGCUUAACCAGCUUUCACUUUCCUGGGAGAAACCCUUUCUCCAGGGAUGUGUGGGUACAGUUGGCUGUGAGUCUGGAGACUGAAAGGCUAACAUUUUUUGUUGACUGCCAAGAAGCUGUGGUUCUACCAAUAAAAGCUGAAGAAAAACUCAACCUGAAGCUGCCUCAAGAUGCUGUUGUCACUCUUGCCAGCACCCCAGGAAGGAAAGACAGUAAAUUUAGUGGGUACUUCAAGGUGGCAGAGAUAUCAAUAAGAGCGUAUCACAGGCGUCCAUGGCUCUGUGACAAUGUUACAGACGCUCAUCCUCCACCUCAGUACGCUAACACUCAUAGCUCAGAUUCUUGGACUGACAGCAGUCCAAUGAUCCAGCAGGAUGCAGCUCCCAGUAAACCUCAAGCAAACCAAAGGUCAGCAGCCCAAACCCACUAUUAUCCCCAUGACAUCCAGAGUGACCAGCUGCAGAGAGGUGUAGUGCUGGGGCCCCCAGGAUCUCCUCAAGGGGUAAAGUCUGUUUCACAGGCACAGAAAGAUGACAGGCUGAGGAAGCUGGAGAGGAGGCUUGAAGAGCUGGCUCUAAUGCUGGACAUGGUCAAAACGCAGAAUGCAGAUCUACAGUCUCGUGUGCAGUACCUGGAGGAAUGUGAAUGUGUGAGACGCCGGUGUGAGUGGGAGGGGCGUGAAGUCGAGGAUGGUCAAAGCUGGCAAACUGACCUAAACACUGUUUGUACAUGCAAAUCUGGAGAGGUCACAUGCCAAGCUACUAUCAAAGGGUGUGAUCUGGAUGGUAAAAUUCAUAAUGUGUCCCACAGCCCUCUAGAUGGCUGCCAGACAUGUACAUGUAAGGGGGGGAACAGGGAAUGCGCUCCCCUCCCCUGCCCUGCUUCAGAAGGAGGCUGCUCCCAGCGAUGCAGAGGCUGUGUCUAUUCUGGUGUUAAGUACGAACACGGAGCCGAGUGGAGGCCAGUAGAGAAUCCUUGUGAUGUCUGCUCCUGUUUGGAGGGUCAAGUGCGCUGUGAGAGGGAGAAGUGCAACACUCCAUGUAAAAACCCAGCUGCUCCUCCACCCAAUACAUGCUGUCCACUUUGUCAAGGAUGUGGUGUGAAUGGUCAUGACUUUCCUAAUGGAGCUUUGAUCCCCACUGGUGACCAGUGUCAGGAGUGUACAUGUGUGAAUGGAAAUGUGGUUUGUUCACCCCUUCCUUGUCCUGACUUGUCUUGUCGAGCCCCUGUGCAUCGAGCUGGAGACUGUUGCCCAAGGUGUGAGCAGUGUGAAUAUGAGUCAAAAGUGUAUGUGGAUGGACAAAAGUUCCCCUCCAGGACAGACCCCUGCCUCCACUGCCGCUGCUCUGCAGGCGAAGUGUCUUGUGAGCAUUUCGAUUCAUCUUGCCCCACACCACGUUGCAGCCAUCCAGCUAAACGCAAAGGAGAGUGUUGUCCCACAUGUGACGCCUGUGAGUAUGACAGGAGGGUGUAUGCUGAUGGGAAAGUGUUCAACCCUGCUGGAAGUGGACCCUGCCUGCAGUGCAGGUGUAAGGGUGGAACUGUUAUCUGCCGUGAAGAGAAAUGCCCCCCUGCUCAAUGCCCCAACCCAAUUAUAGAUCCACAUCUCUGCUGUCCAAUUUGUAAAGUUUGUGUGUUGGAGGGGGUGGAAUAUGAAGACGGCGCUAACUGGCAACCUGAGGGUCCCUGCUCCAGAUGCACCUGUUUGAACGGAGAGACUGUGUGCACACACACACAGUGCCCCCCCACAGAGUGCCUGCAUCCCACCAAGUUGGCUGGCUCCUGUUGUGCUGUGUGUGAAAGCUGCACCUAUAACCACCGUAUCUAUAGCAACGGCCAGAGGUUUGCAAGCCCUGACCAGCCCUGUCGCAUCUGCACCUGUCAGCAUGGCAGUGUGGAGUGUGAAAGGAGGCCCUGUCCUCCUCUUAACUGCUCCAACUCAUACACACCGCCUGGAGAGUGCUGCCCCAAAUGUCCAGACUGCUCAUUUGAAAACCGCGUCUUUGUGGAUGGAGAGGCUUUCCCUAACCCAGUGAGUGUGUGUGAGGAGUGUAAGUGUGUGAGCGGCACAAUCGACUGUCACCACACACAGUGUCCUCAUCCUCACUGUAACGCACCUCUGCCUGGAACAUGCUGUCAGAACAACUGCAAUGGCUGCAGCUAUGCUGGAAAAGAGUAUCCCAACGGACAGGAGUUUCCACAUCCCACUGACUCGUGCAGGACAUGCAACUGUCUAAAUGGUAACGUCCAGUGUCUGAUGAGGAGGUGUCCACCGCUGCCGUGUUCCAACCCAAAUGUGCUGCCUGGAGACUGCUGCCCUCAGUGUCCAGCUCCUCCAUCCGACUGCGUGUAUGAACAUCGACCCUACAGACACACUGAGCGUUUCUACCACCCGACUGACAGCUGUCGAUCAUGUGUCUGCACAGACGGGAGUGUUCACUGUCAACGAAAGCCCUGCACCUUCGCUUCAUGCUCUCACCCCAUCACGCAGGAGUGCUGCCGGACAUGUGAAGGCUGCCUCUAUGACAGUAGAGAGCGAGCUAAUGGAGAUACUUGGGAUGAUCCGUCAGACUCAUGUGCUGCGUGUGCUUGUCGUGAGGGCUCUGUGCGAUGUGAGAGGAAGCGCUGUCCUCCAGUAAACUGCAAACACCCUGUGCAGAGGCAGUGCUGCAUGUCUUGCGAUGGCUGCAUGUUUCAUGGUAAAGAAUAUCCUGAUGGCACAGAGUUUGGUGAUGACAAAGACCCCUGUAGUGUGUGUUAUUGUUACGGAGGGGAGGUUGUCUGCACAAAGAUACCCUGUUAUGGAGACUGCAGCCAUCCUUACAAACCACCUGGACAAUGCUGUGGAGAAUGUGAACGCUGCUUCUAUAACAACGCAGUCCUCACAAAUGGGCAGUCAGUCCGUGACCCAGGAAACCUCUGCUCAGAAUGUACCUGCCAGAGUGGCUCAGUGCGAUGCGUGAGGAAGUCAUGUCCAGCAGCCCUCUGCCCUCACCCUGUCACCAAUGCCUGCGGCUGCUCCAUCUGUGAAGGUUGUCGAUUCCAAGGUGUGACCUAUGUUGAUGGACAGACGGUCUCAGGAGGAGAGGGUGGAUGCCAGGACUGCACAUGCUCAAGAGGAGAAGUGGUGUGUGCAAAGCGAAGAUGUCCCACUGUAUCAUGCUCACACCCUGCACUCGAUGGUUGCACAUGUGGAGUGUGUGACGGAUGCAACUUUAACGGACGAGGCUGUUUUAACGGAGAGCGCUUCCCACACCCAACAGACCGCUGCCAGCUUUGCUCCUGUCUGAAUGGUGGUGUGGUGUGUACACGUGCGUCUUGUCCCAGUGUGUCCUGUGUGCGUCCAGUGACCCUGCCUGGUGAGUGCUGUCCUGUCUGCACAGGGAUUUGUCAUCAUCAAGGGAGAGAAUAUCAAUCAGGCUCAUCCUUCACAUCACCGUCUGAUCCGUGCUCAUCAUGCUCCUGUCUGAAUGAAGUUGUGAACUGUCAGAGGAGACCUUGUCCAGUCCAGUGCUCCCAUCCAGUCCCUUCAGAUUCCUGCUGCCCCGUCUGUGACUCCUGCCUGUACGAGGGUGUCGUCCACUCUCACAGUCACACCUUCAAAUCCUCCUCCAACCCCUGCCGGCGCUGCACCUGUGUCAGAGGCACAGUCACCUGUGUGCCCCUGGUCUGCCCUCCAACUUCCUGCUUUCGACCAGUUACCAAACCAGGACAGUGCUGCCCUGAGUGCACAGUGUGUACACUUGCAGGACAGGAGUUCAGUGACGGGCAGACAUGGACCCUGAGCUCAAAUCACUGCUCCACCUGCACUUGCCAGGCAGGUGAGGUGCAGUGUGUAUCUCCUCAGUGUCCCAAACUGCCUUGCAUGCAUCAGGUGACUGAUCCAGGAGCCUGCUGUCCUCGCUGCAGAGGUUGCAUGUAUGGAGGAGAGGAGCAUACUGAGGGCAGCAGCUGGUUUGCAGACUCCACCCCAUGUAUGACGUGCAUGUGUGUCGACGGAGUGACCACCUGCUCUGAGGUGCGCUGUUUGUCUCCCUGCAUGAACUUCAUCGAUGUGCCUGGGGAGUGUUGCCCUGUCUGUGCUGACUGUGUAUUUGAGGGCCAAGUGUAUGGACCAGGUGACAGCUUCCAUCCAGCUGGUGACCCCUGUCAGAUCUGCACAUGUGAGGUGAUGCCAGAUGGAGAGCAGCACCUGAGGUGUUACAGAAAACAGUGUCCAAGUCUGGUCGACUGUCCCAAGAGCAACAUCUUGUUCUCGGGACCUGACUCCUGCUGUCCUGUCUGUGCACAGCCUCUCAGUAACUGCACCGCUGCACUGAUCGGCAAUGAAGUCUUGGCGACUGAUGAUCCUUGUUUUACCUGCCAGUGCAUGGACCUGACAUGGACCUGCUUACACCAGAACUGCCCCCCAAUCACUUGCCCUUUUAAUGAACAGUUCACCCCUCCAGACUCGUGCUGCCCUGUGUGUAAAGAUUGUGUGAUUGAGGGCCAAAACAGACGUGUGAUCAACGGCAGCAGAUGGACAGACAGUGAUGACGACUGUGUCACGUGUACUUGUAAUCUGGGUUACAUUGAGUGCAGCAUUGAAGAAUGUCUCCCUGCUGUCUGCCUGAAUGGACAGAAACAAGUGAAAAUUCAAGGGAAAUGCUGCCACGAAUGCCAAGAUUCAGGGGUGUCGUGUUUGCACCAGGGGACGGUGUAUCACUCUAAUGAACAGUGGGAUGUGGAUGAGUGCACCAGCUGCACGUGUGUGUCUGGAGAUGUGCACUGUUUCAGUGAACGCUGCCCUCCUCUCACCUGUGCAACAGACGAGAUGCCAGCCAUCGUCCCUGGUUUGUGUUGUCCUCAUUGCCUUCCUCGUCCAGCAACCUGCAUUGCCUUCGGGGACCCUCAUUAUCACACCUUCGAUGGCCGCAUGCUCCACUUCCAGGGAGCGUGCACCUACGUCCUGGCGCAGGACUGCAAGGGUGGGGACUUCAGUAUUCAUGCCACUAAUGAAGAUCGAGGGCGGAAAGGCGUGUCCUGGACUAAAGAGGUGACUGUGUUUAUUGGAGACAUCACAGUGCAGCUACUGCAGGACUGGGUUGUGAAGGUGAAUGACAAGGUUGUGACUUUGCCGUUCCUCAGAGAACCAUACAUCUAUGUAGAACGACAAACCAACACCAUCCUACUGAACACUAACAUUGGACUAAAGGUGCAGUGGAGCGGCCGUUCACAUCUAGAAGUGAGUGUGCCCGGCUCCUAUAAGGGCCACACCUGUGGGCUGUGUGGAAAUUUCAACAACUACUACCAGGAUGAUCUCAAGAUGCCCAGUGGACGAAUCAGCCUAUCAGAGUCUGACUUUGGAAACAGCUGGAGGGUAAAAAAUGGAAGCCAUUCCCUCUCAUCCUGUCGUCCCGGUGAAGAUGUAGAUCCCUGCAAAGAUGCGGGAUACCAGGCCAAGAAGAGUGCUAACGCUCGCUGCAAGGUACUAAAGUCUGCUGUGUUUAAGCCCUGCCAUCGUGUGGUGCCACCUGAGCCCUGGUACGGAGCCUGUGUGUAUGACCUCUGUGCCUGCGGGGCAAACACUGACGAGUGUCUGUGUGAUGCGCUGGAGGCCUACGCCAGUCAGUGCAGAGAGGCUGGAGUUGUCCUGCAGUGGAGGAGCCCAUCACUAUGUGCUGUGGGCUGUCCAGUGGAGAGGGGCUUUGUGUUUGAUGAGUGCGGACCCCCAUGUCCAGUGACCUGCUUCAAUGUCAACGUACCACUGGGGGUGAUAGAGAGCCACUGCUUCAAACCUUGUGUGCCGGGCUGCCAGUGUCCUGCUGGUCUGGUUCUUCAUGACAGCCACUGUAUACAGCCGGACAAGUGCCCCAAGAUCAUUCAUGAUAAAUCCUCAUGAAGCUGCUUCAGUGGACACUUACCUGUGCACACACACAAAUGCACUAAUAAUCUUCAGUAGACUCAAGGACUGCAUAUGCAUCCUGUUACUGUACACCCCAGUUUUAAAAAAGACAUAUCUCAACAGAUGAACCUCCAUGACCUGUGGAUUUAACAAACUGACUGAAGUGAAAGUCUACAAUUUACUGUUUGUAUACACAUUUUCAUUCUGUGAUAUGUAGCACUGAAUAUUUAUACUACACAGGGGUUUGUUGUUUUGAUGUUAUUGGUAUCAUUUCAUGUGUAUUUUACACGUUAAUAAGACAUUGUCCACAGUUUUUUCAAUACGUUAACAGUAUUAUGUAUUAUCAAAGCAUUGUUUUACUGUACAGGUCAAUUUCAGCACUGUGAUGACUGACUGUGGUGAUAUACAGUGAGCCACAUAAUCUCAGGUUCUCUUUAUUGUCUUUGUUCUACAAUAUAAAAAUAAAGUUUACCUUAAUA